AUGAAUUUCUUCACGAGGCUGCAAAGGUUGCAAAUGUUAUCCCUCCUGGCACUGUUUGUGGGUGGAACAAUCCUUUUAUUUGGAGGGGUAAAUUGUCUGGCUGGAAAUCCGUCGACUCUGCGUACCAGUUCAUGGAAAGCGCGGCAGUUCAGCGUCGGAUCUUCCUUCUCGGUACAGUCCUGGCUGGCAGUGCUGGGCGUGGGAGUCUCUUGCACCAUCUACGGUCUCUCAAGAGCUUGCACUCAUCUCUUCAACUUGGAAUGCACCCAACGCGCGCUCGGACCUGGUGGACUGGACUACGGACGGUACCUAAACUCGCUAUCACACGCACCCGUUCUGGUGGGAUGGCGUGGGUUCCGGGUGUUGUAUAUGGUCAGCUACUUCUUUGCAGCAUUGGCUCCGAUCGCGACCAUCGGAUACAAGUUCACCGUCUUCCGCGUCCCUCUCUCAGUCGUUGAAAGUUGGCCGCAGAGUCGAGUGGCUCUGUCUAUUCCUUCGUCCAAGGGAUUAGAUGAAUCUGGUGCCACCCCACUACUGGUCGAUACUCCGGGAGGCCUCCACAAUCAGGCAUUCUGUCAUCUAGGCCGAGACGAUGUCAUGGACGGACCAGAACAAAUCGUCAUGGUCGGUAUGGCGAAUUGUUCUGGCAUCUCCAGUGAGCUCGACCAGGGUAUCUUGGUCACCCGCGAAGUGGUCAUGGUCGGAACCCGGGUCAAGCCAGCCGGCACGUUCUACAUGUCUGCAGACCAUGCAGGAUGGCAGCGUCAACGAACUGUGUCAGAUUUGAAAGGAAGCUGGGUGCCGAGUCUCUUUAAUUUCGGUGCUGUCGUGGACUACAACAUCCAAGGACCCGGGUCCAUCGCGAUGCAGUGGACGACAAUGUUUACAGGCUGGGAUUGUGCCAUUUCUUCAUCAGCUUGUGAUAACUCCACUCAGUACGAAGUUUUUGAUCGAGUCGAGUACACUUUCACCUAUGCCACGGCCGAGGUGACACGUAUCGUGCGCAAGCGAUCAUGCGCAACCAUUAUGGACGAACCGGGGUCGAUUCGACUGCUAUCGACGCGUGAUAUUAAUGUCCCAUUCGAAACGGAAUAUGCGGAUGGGUCUCUGCUGUUGUACCUUGACGGGGUACACAGUGUGAUUGACAAAAGGGGGUCGACACCGGUGGAAGGCAUCAGCAUCUUUGCUCGCGCAGUUAUGGCCGGGUGGGCGAACGACGCCGUCAAUAUCACGGGCGCGCCGGCGCUGGGCCACGCGCGAGGCCAGCCAUUCGGAGUGGAAAAGCAGUCAACCAUCACAUCCAGCGACACGCUCAGCUACCCGUAUUUCACAGGAUCUCGCGACUCUGCAUGUACAGCAUGCUACGUGGCGGCAGCGUACGUGUUCAUCGUCACGGGGCCGUGUAUGUACUUGAUUCUGAUCACGAGAAUCGUCGCCGGUCCCCCACGUCUCACGUCGUGGACGGGACAGCACAUUGCUCUCCGUGGAAGAUUAGCAGACGAGGAGAUGAAUCUGGCUGCAGGCUACGACGCUGCCCCUGUGAAUCGCCUUUUUGUUCAAUUGCUGCCGAACAAGGACGACUUUGUGGAGGAGCUGGAGUCAGAUCAACAGUUGCAGGUGUUGGCCUUUCCACCGCAACAGGCCCAGGCACAUGUUGAGGAGAUCUAA